CUUUAUUGCGGGGUCCCCACCGCACCGUAUCCAUUCACUGUAGAUGUCUCGCGCUCGGCCUCCAGCGGACGAACUCGGACGAAUUUGCAAUGACGUUUCCUACGUGAGAAAUUACAAAUGCAAUGUAUCAAUAAACUACGAUGAAAUAUUAUAUAAGUCCAUGUCAGUUCUGUCUGGCUAAUACACUCUUUCUGCCCAUCAACCCAAUUAUCCAUUUCCAUCUAUACUCCUAUCAACACUCCUCCUCCAACACAAACAUUCAUCGGACACUUAUACAUUUCCAAAAUGGCCUCCCAAACCGAGCAGCUCGAGCAAAUCGAAAACCACGUUCGCAAUAAUGUCCCCGAGAAUAUCAAGAAGAUCAUCUUCCAAGCAAUUGAUGACCACAAGGUUGCAUUUGACCCUUGCAAAGUCAUCAAGACGGGCGAAAAGUUUCCCGACUUCACUCUCAGCAAUGCCGUCAACAAAGAAAUCUCCUACUCAGACCUCCUUGCUGCUUCAAAAAAGGGCAUCUUGAUUACCUUUUAUCGUGGCGAAUGGUGCCCCUACUGCAACGUUUCUCUUGCGUUCCUUCAGAAGCAUCUUGUGGACUUCCAGGCCCGUGGCGUGACAGUCGUGGCAAUCUCCCCAGAGCUCCCCAACACAUCCAUCACCACUGCUGAGAAGCAUGCUCUCAAAUUCGAGGUUCUCUCCGAUGCUGGAAACAAGGUAGCACGCGAGCUCGGAAUCGUCUGGCGUCAGUUCGAUUCUCUGGCCGAAGUCUCCAAAGCAAUGGGGGUCGACCAGGUCCAGCGCAAUGGUGACGACUCUAGAGAGAUUCCUGUGCCUACUAACCUGCUUGUUGAUAAGUCGGGUACUGUGAGAAACGUUUAUACCGACCCUGACUGGAGCAAGCGUCUCGAACCUAGCGUCAUGCUUGGCUGGGCAGACAAGCUCUAGAGAUACCGAAGGUCUUCGCAUUUUUCAUUUAAGGGAUAAAUUAAUUAGCAAUUAGCAAUUAGGCGCCAAUUCAUCCUUUUAUUUUGUUUGCUCUUUGCCAUAUUGUUCCGAUACGCAGUUACUGUUUUAAUUUACAUUCAGCGUGGCUGUGAGACAAAACGCCACAACUACACGACUAUCUACAGACUACAGUACCAAAACAGUCGUUCAAACACCUCAUGA